AUGCCGUCUACUUGCGCAGCAGCAUCCGACCAUCAGCAGCCCGUCCUGUUGCCAGUCGGAGCUGUCUGCGAGGUCGUCGAAGCAGGCAGCGGUACAUGGCAUCCAGCUACCAUCAUCUCACGUCGGUCGGGUAGCUCUUCCAAUCCACCGCCGGGAGCCGACACAGACAAUGUGCAAUAUUACAUCCAUCGGCAUGACCAGGACAAACGCAUGGAUGGCUGGGUCGACCACGCAUCCGUUCGGCCCUUAUCCGCCCCACAUCCUCUCGUCGAUCCGCAUUCGAAACCGCCGAGAGGCGCCAAUGGCAACAAUGAGCCUGUUCAGCGCACACCACAUUCAAUCGAAAAGGGCAAGAGAAAAGCCGACAACGAGCUCGAACAAGCACACGAUGAUGCAAGCCGUACUCCUUCUACUAGCCGACAGGCUUCUCCCGCGCUUCAAGAACGCAGCCUGAAACGCCGAGGAAGCCAGAGAGCAUCAUCAGACACACCAGCUUUGCGAAACAUCGAUCGAGUACUGUAUGGCAACUUUGACAUCAAGACGUGGUACUACAGCCCGUAUCCGUUUGACCAUGAUGACGAAGGGGGAGACGGGUUAGCUUCGCAUUCACCCUCUUCACAUGCAUCAUCAAGUCACGCAGCCAGCAAACGAUACCAAUCGCCCUCUUCUCUACGACUAGGAGGCGGCUCAGCCGCUACCUCCAGGCGAGGAGCACGUAAAGAUAGCCCCUCAAGUUCACUCGGUGGAGCUCUUUCCACAUCAGCACGAGAUGCCCCCGCCAUCAGAUCACUAUCAGCCGCCGGUGGUGCCGAAGUGGCCUCUCCGUCCGGUCGUCAAUCACCAGCCACAGCUUCGUCCACCUCUUCUCGAGCUCGCAAGGAAGCGGCAAUCGCACCCACCAAAAUGCUCUGGAUCUGCGACGGAUGCUUCAAAUACAUGAAAACCUACAACGGCUUCGCCCAUCAUCGCAAGUUUUGCCGCAACACCCAUCCUCCUGGUCGAAAAGUCUACCAACGAGGCGCACACAUCAUUUGGGAAGUCGAUGGUGCUGCUCAGAAGCUCUACUGCCAGAAUCUUUCUCUGUUCGGGAAGCUAUUCAUCGAUCACAAAACGAUCUACUUUGACGUCGAACCGUUCCUCUUCUACGUGCUGACCGAUGCAGCGAACGCUAGCUUUGACCAUCCGUUGGGCUUCUUCUCGAAAGAAAAGGUCUCGUAUGAUGAUUACAAUUUGGCUUGUAUCGUUACUUUCCCUCCAUUUCAGAGGAAGAGCUUUGGCACGCUGAUGAUCGAGUUCUCGUACUACUUGUCAGCGAGGGAUGGGAUGUUAGGUACUCCGGAAAGGCCGCUGUCGGAUCUAGGGUUGAAGGGGUAUUUGUCGUUCUGGACAGCGGUGUCGUUCAGGGCGCUAAUAUGUUGCUUUGAAGGGCCAUUGCGUCUAGCAAUCGGUAGUACUGCGAAGCAGAGGAGAAUGUCUUCUGCUCCGAAGCCAGGCGAUGCUGCGGCAGAUGCGGCUGGAGUGACAGAUUCAAAGGCAAAGGCCGAGGACGCACUGCGGAAGUGGCAUAUCCUGCUUCAACGAUCUAAGCUGUUGGACAUUCCGCUGGACUCGAUCUCGCUUCAGGCUGGAUUUGCAGAGCUGCAAAAGCUGGCUUCUGAGGCAGAGGCUACAGACGCUCUCGACGGUCCAGUUUCGGGCUCGUCAGCUGCGGCAAAGAAGAGAAAGCUCAGGCUGAAAGGAUGGGCCGGUAGCACACCUCAACGUGUUCUUUGCCAGCCAUCUGCCGCUAAUCAGACCGGGGCAGGCCCAGCAGCAGCAGACGGAAUGGCAAGACGCUCCUCUCGAGUUGCCGCAAAUGGAGGAUCAGAGAAAGGAGAGGACGUUCACCCUGCACUGGACAUCUCAAAGCUCGAGGAAGAACCAUGCACAAUGACAGUGACAGUGGAAGCUCUUUCCCGACUCACAAAUCUGCGAGCCGACGAUAUUGUUUUAGCCCUCACAGAGGCAGGAUUAGUGGAUGCGUCCACCACGCCUUACCUCCCCACCACAGACGAGACUGUUUCGUUGCUACAAAGCGGAUCAGACGCCACUUCGUCCAAAAGCUCGACUCGAACAAACGGUGAUUCUUCACGAAAAGAAAAGCUAGCAUUACUCCUCACGCGAGACGCAAUCCGCGAAGCAAUCACACGCUUCAACAUACGUCCUGCAGUCCUCGACGAAUCUUUCAUCCUCAUCUGA